AGAUAUAUUUGAAAGCUGAAAAACGGUGACAUCAUUCCUACAGUAAACACACCCCGAUAGUGACCGCGAGGACAUGUGGUCCCGAUUAUUUGUUAGGUAAUACCUCAAAGCAGAGGUGAAGUCAUAGGCAUUGAUGAGCGUGCACACACACAUUUAUGCGGGUGCAGCCAAGGACCUUGCUAAGGGACGCCCAAUGUGUAUUAACCAAGAGCAGAGGUCCAAUUAACUGUGCACUCCCCAACCUACGUAUGCCUUCACACAGCCGCAUGGGCCAGUAACAUUGCACUGGAGCCGUUCAAACUGAGGAAGGCUUUGGCCUUUUGCACUGCAGUAAUAUUUUUCUCUCCAUCAUCGUUUUCUUGUGCUUCUCCAGAGUUUUUGUCUUCUCCUUUUCGCUGUAUACCGACUCCCACACUGUAUCUCUCACUCUCAUAUUCUCUUUCUCUCUCAGUCAACAUCUUUUUCACACAGACAGAUGCAAACAGCUAUCUCUGCCCAUUGCACCACACCAAUGAAGGAUAACUGCUGCAGUGCAAUAAUGAAUCUCUGCCACACACUGUUGCCUCAGGACUGACACUGACUGUCAAGGACAGUGUUAGAAAAACUGUCUUUAUUUUCCUACCCAAAGCCAUCAUUUGGCUUUUUUUCCUCUUUUUUUUUUUUUUCUUUCCUCUAAGUAAAUCUGUUAGUGCUCGAAUAAAUGUUGGUAAAUGUGUUUUACUGUGGCUGCUGCACAAAAGAGAUCAUUUGCAGGGAUAUGUGAGUAACUCAGUGUUUGGUCAAAUUAGUUUUUAAAGAUCCCUGCAUUUAAUGGUUUAAUAUUUGUUCACUUUAACCCUGUUCUACAACAUUAUCCAUUACAGUGUUGUGUACUGUUCAGCACAGAGAUUGAUAUGGGAUAGGGAUAUUAACUUGGAUGUUUCCUGCUUCAUUAAUCUUGUCUAAUCUUGUAGCUGUCACACAAAAUGCUAAGGUGCACAAGCUGGAUUCAUUCCUUUAAACCACAAAGGCAUACCCGCAAUCACUUCUCCUUCUCCUGCCUAUUUGGUUUGCUGUUCACAAAGUGCCACAAUGUAUCAGCAAAAAUGCCACCUUAGUUAGCUCUGUGUCAAUGUAUUGUAUCUACUGUAGUGAGAAAGCAGGCCGAGGAUGAGAAAAGCUUGUGUGAAGAAAGGACCUGUUGUUUAGCAGCCCUCCUUCUGACCUUGUCUGUCUAUUGUGUCCAUGCUGUACAACAUUUCCUUUUUACUGAGUGCAAAACGGGUCAUUGUAUUGCCGUGUUGGCUGUUUGUUUGCAGUACAGCUCCAAAAAGAAAAAAGGGUAGACUGCUUCAUCAAAUGUAAAUAAAAGUACAAUAGAGUGAUUUGGAAAUGAUUUACAUGUAAUUGAAAAUAUUAUCUAUUAUAUUACUGGGCAACAGGCCGGGAGCGCAGAAAGGCCAGUUUAGCACACAGGCAUAAGUACUACAGAGCCUUGCUGUGGUAAUGCAUGUUAAAAUAAUCACGGCCUUUAAUGGAGGAGGAGUGGCACAAUAGGUUUCUCCAAAAUUGUAUUGUUUAUAAUUAAUGGUGCCUUGACCAUUGAAAUCCCUUGCGUUAUAUAACUCUUUUGUUGCCUGUUCAUGUUGUAGACUUAUAGAGAACUCUGAAACAGGUGCACACAAGCAGAGCAGGUUCAUCAGGCCUGCUCUUAGAAUGAGAAGGGCGAGGUGCAGUAAUCAACACCAAACCAACGGCAUGCUCUUUAAACACCAACUUCUCAUGUGGAAACAAGUUUAUAAGCUGUUAUCUGUCAUUUAUACCCUGCACCUGCCUUCUGUCUUUCUACAGCACACCUGCUGUUUAAACAUUGAGUGCUUGAUUAGUGACUACAUGGGCGUAUGUGUUCCCACCGCUACUAAGAAACUGCAGUGCACAAUUUGUACUUCCAGUAUUUCGCCCAUGGAAGUUCUGCCUUGUGGGACAAUAAGCAUUUCAUGCACAAUAUCUGACAAUUUUAUAAUGCAGAAAAUGGAAAUCAUGGUUCAUCAAUGUAAGUUUUGUAAUUUAGCUGAAUUAUGCAAUUGCAAAUUGGAAAUAUUAGAGUCACUGGAAUAACAGGAAAACUAUUCGGGUCCUGGUAAGUUUUCUUUUUGAAAACUAUAUUUUGUGACUUAUUCAUUAAGAGAAACUAAUUCUCGAGAAAGAAAUUCAUACUGGAUUAGCCAUAACCUCAGUGGAAAAAGUCUGUGAUGUAACAGUUGGAAACAGUGGAAAUCCACAAACAGCAUGCAGUUAAUUCCACAGAAGAGCCAAGGGUUACAGUCAUUGUGUGCAACAUAUUUAAUUUGAUUUUAAUUUCAAUUCAGUUUUGUUUAUAUAGUAUCAAAUCACAACAGUCUUCUCAAGGCAGUCUAUAUUGUCUGGUAAAGACCAAACAAUAAUAGAGCGAGAACACCAACAAUCAAACCACCCACUAUGAGCAAGCACUAAGCAACAGUGAGAAGGAAAAGCUCCCUUUUAACAAGAAGAAACAUCGGGCAAAAUCAGGCUCAUUUAUACUGUUGGAAAGUCUGCUUCUUUUCCCUUAAUCGGUGCCCUAUUUGUAAAGAAAAUGCAUUUGUAGGUUGAGCAGCAGAGUUGAGUAUGUGAGUUGUGCCCAUGAAAAACUUGAUCUGGUCUCGGACUGAACUCUAUUAUCCAAGAUGACAACAAUUGCCAAUUGGGUGUACUGUUCGUGCCAGAGUGACCAACACAACCACACUGUCUGACUUGCGACAAAUACUGGUUGACAAAUGUUAUAACAUCCCACAGCAGUGACCCAAGUUGGUAACCAACAUUAGAUGAGGAACCAGGUUGUUGUGGAUCUGUAUGGCUCUUCCACAUGUUAUUGAGGCCCCUGUUUGAUAAUUGAAUAAAUUGUUAAAUUGGCAAUAUGUCUUGUUUAUUCAGACUUCAUCCAAUUCAAUAAAUGACACCACACAAGAGUCUAUGGCAGAGUAAGCUGUUUAGCAUUGGCUGAGAAGAUUUGGCAAGUUUUUCAUCAACUUAACCCACACACUGAACUCUGCUCCUCAACCCACAAAUGCAUUUUCUUACAAAUGUGGCAUUAUUUAAGGGAAAUAACAAGCUUUCCACUGGUAUAAAAUUUAUUGCCAAGAUGCAUUGUUACAACUAAGAAACAAUCAACCAAACACACAUUCCCUUACUUUUUCUGACAAGUUUAAAUAUAUAACAUACAUAACAUAUGUCACUGAGUAAUGCAAGAUAUAACAAUACAGAUAUAACAGUUUUGCAGUUAUAUUUGCAGAAAUACGUUCUGGGCUAACUUCACUUACACACCUAUUUUCAGCUUGUCCUUAUCUAAAGUAUACUUUUGGUUUACUGUUCAAUAUCUUUUGCUAAUAGAGCCUUAUUUGUCUUUCUUAUAUGACUGUUCAGAGCUUUAGAGCCAUUUCUCCAAAGCUAAGCGCUUGUACAGCUGACUGGGCUAAGUCUUCAGCAAACAUUUGAACUUUAGGCAUUGUAGGUCAUGAUGUUCUUCAGUUUGUUUUCAACUUGAAAUUCCCUUUUAAGUGAUAAAGGAAGACGUAGCUGGGAAACAGUUGUGCAACUUGUUCACAUCUCAACUAAACACCACAGCAUGGUCUCAGGUUACCAUCCCAGAGACAAAUAGGUUUCCACUGGGUGCUGGAAAAUUUGAUGACACUAAACAGAACCACAUGACAAGAGCACUUGAGCACACAACCUGCCCUGUGAUGCAAGAGCAGUCAGUGGGACACGUAGGUGAAGCAAAGUGUAGUUUGAGGACUGGAGUGCUGGUGUGUUUGUUUCAUAUGUGAUUUAAUCAGAGUUAUCGGCACGUACACACUCUGGCAACUGGUUUGUUGUCUGUGGCCCUGCGUUGUAGCAUUGCCGUUGGAUCUAUGCAAAUUAGGGUUGUAGUUUUAUUUUAGCUCACUUAUUAUGACAUAUGUUUACAUUCACUGUCAUGAGUUCAGCUUUAUUAAGAGUCAUUCGCUACUUGCAAAAGUACGAUUAUACUUUUGUUUUUGGAGAUUUUUUAUGAGAUAAGUAAGAGUACUAAAACAAUGACAAUAACAUGUCAUAAUCAUUUCAGAGAAGGGGAUAAUAAAAUGGCACACAGUUUAAGGAGAGCAGCUCUAGCUCAUUAAAUUGUUCGCGGACCUAGAACAUACACCAAUCAGCCACAACAUCCCAGCUCCCGAUGCUGUAGUAGUAUUCCCAAUCUUGCGACUGAAGGUGUCAUUUCAUAGCAUAGCAUCAGAACAUUUAAAUAAGUUGUGAGGUUGGACAUCUGUGGGUCAGACCUAUUUUUCCAGCCCUUCCUAGAAAAAUCUGGGACAUUUUGGAAACCAAGUCAACAACUUGGACUGGAUUUAAGAAAUUACGAGAGCUUCACAAGGAGUGGACUGAGGCUGGUAUUAGUAUUGCAUCAAGAGCUUCUAGGCACAGGCGUAGUCAGGAAACGGGCUACAAUUGUCACAUUCUUAAUAUCAAGUUACUCCUAAACUAGAGACAACAGCAGAAUCAUCUUACUUGGGCUAAGGAGAAAAAUAACUGAAGUGUUGGUCCUCUUUGAGAUAAAUUUUGAAUUACAUUUGGAAAUCAAGGUUUUACGCUUUGGAAGAAGACUGGAGAAGCACACAAUUCAAAAUGUGUCAAGUCAAACCUGCAGUCUGUGAUGAUUUGGGGUCGUCAUGGUUGUUUCAUAGCCCAUAUAGGUGUCUACCAGGGGAUUUUAGAGCACUUUGUACUCCCAUCUGAUAGAGAAUUGCCAUUUUCCUUUUUGAAGAGGACUUAGCACCUGCCCACAGUGCCAAAAAUAGCCAUGUUAUUACUGUGGUUGAUUAACCAGCUAACUCACCUGACCUGAACCCCAGAGUAUCUAUAAGUUAAGAUGCCAAAAGGAAGAUGACAAAUACCUUACCCCAAAAUAUAGAUGAUCUGAAGGCUGCAGUUAAGCCAACCUUGGUCUCAGUAAUGCCUCAGCAGUGUAAUAAGCUUAUCACCUCCAUGCCACAGCGCAUUGCUGAAGCGAUUCUUGGUAAAGGGCACCCAAAUAAAUACUGAGUAUAUAAAUAAAUAUAUAUAUCAAAGUUAUAAACACUUUUGAAUUGAGCUUUGAAAAUAUUCUAAUAGUUUGUGAACGGAUGUGCUAGUCCGAUAGCUGGAUCAGACAUUGGUCUAAUAGGCCCAGAAAGUCUUCUUAACUCAGUGAUAAUGUGCCGCACUAUGGUACAAUCAAUGCAGUUCAGCAGUGUGAAUCUAACAACAGUGGCACAACAGUUUUGUACCUGACACUGGUACACCAACAGCUUCUAUUUUUAUGUUUACACAAGUUUUGUACUUAAUUGCAAAAUCUGAAAUGAACUGGAUUAGGCUAAUUUCAGAUACUGGAUUUCAGAUUUUCAUGAUCUAUAAGCCAUAAUCAUAAAAUUUAAAACAAACAAUGACUGAAUUAAGAUUUCACUUAAUGUUCAGUGAAUAUAGAAUAUAUGAACUUUUACCUUUUUGAAUUAAAUCCCCCCUUUCCCCCAAUAUUCUCAUUUUUUGAAGAUUCACUAGUACAUCCAACAAAGUUUCCAGGUGCUAGUGUUACAGGUUAGUCAGUGUUUUCUGCUUUAACAGGAUGUAAGAACUACAGGCUGGAAAGUUUGUGAUUGCUUAGCCAAAGGUGUAUUGUGUAACAGUAUUCUUAAUAGUGCCCUAUUUUCAGACUUCCUACCGAUAACUGCACUACUUUGGAAACACUCAAAACAAAAAUCCAGCCCUCUGUAAACACAGUAUGACUCUUCUCCAUUGUGUAGAGGUAGAGGUCAUUUACUACAGAUGUUUUAGUUUAGAAUUUAAGGCACUUGGCACACGUUGGUGUGACUGCAGCAGCAGGGGGGUGCGCUGUGGUUUUACCUUGUUUUUCAGAUUGUUUGCAGCUUACAUAGGACCCAGCAUGCUGGCGCGUCAACUGAACAUAAAACUUUAAAAGGCUAUAAAAUAAACCUUAAGCCUGUGCCCACCUCACAGCAUGGAGUACCUCAGCUGAUACUUGAUACCCUCAGACCAGCUUCAUGGGAACAGUCACUGCUCACCCAGACUUUCUUGACAAGGCAGGCUCCACUUUACCUAGAUACUACAGGCUCACUGCUACAGCAGCUCAGCCCAGAUAACUUCAGCCUGUUUCUCAUUUAUCUGCUCCUUAUGUAACCCAGCCACAUGGUUUGUGUGUUGGGAGGGAAGUUUGGAGAGGAGACAAGUCUUCACAGUGAGCUGACUGCAGAACCAAAAGCCCAUGCGAGUUUUAUUCCCUCUAUUACAUUAGCUUGUUAAUGAACAGAUCCUCUAUUGACCCUGUUGUGCCGGGACAACUAAUCAGCUGCUGGGCCUCACUUGACUCUGGCAACUUUAACAUACUAGGCUUAUUAAAUGCACCACUCCGUGUUUAAUCUAUUAUGGAUGCGGCAUUAAGUAAUUCCCAACUUCUAACCAAACACUGAAGCAGUAUCUUCAGCCAGUCAAAGCAGCCAAAAACCUGCGGAGUAGAGAACUGGUUUACUUUCAAAAGCGUCGAUGCAGAGGUGCUGCUAGUGCCGUCAGUCCCACUUCCCUCUUGCCCUCAUUGGCUUCCCCAUAUUUCCCAAAAACACGUGGCUCCAGCUCCUCCCUGCUAUGACUUCUCCAGCAAGUGUUUGACCCAAGUCAUACGCCUCAGUACUGUACAUGGUAAAGGAUAUUCUCUUGUGGCAGGGAUGAAUAUGUUUUUAGAAAACUCUGCGGUGAUCCUCUUUUAAAAUGGCUUUUGCUUUCUUGGGGAAAUACUGGACAGUGACACGCUGCUGACGGGGGCAGGAACACGGCGUGCUAGCUUCAAUCUUCCUGCCUUAUUUAUUGUAACAGAACUACGAUUUGGAAACGUCUUAUUUUUGUGUGAAAUAUUUAGAGGAAUAUUUCCUCACUUUUUGUCGAAUCGCGCCGUAAAAUCCUCCCACGGAAGACUGUUUGCGAUGACUGUGGGAGAGGAGUAAAAGUUCUCCAUCGGACUUUAAGAACACCUGCCGCUCUCUGCUCCCUCCGCGCUGCCCUCGACGGCAUGACCCUCGGCACGGUGGCCGGUUCCGACUGCUCGUCGCCAGUCAGCUUCUGCUCCUGCUGCGGGGCAAAGAUGGUACCCUACUUCAGCGACGACGCGGUGGUGUCAAAAAAUGAGAUCAACCAGCUUAUCAGUGAGAGCUUCCUCACAGUUAAAGGUGCAGCCCUCUUCCUUCCCAGGGGUAACAGUCCCACGCAGAACUCCGCACCUCGAAUCAGCCAGCGCAGGAACAAACACACAGGUGACCUCCAGAAGCAUCUUCAGACCAUGUUCACUGUGCUGCGCCCAGAAGACACAAUCAGACUGGCUGUGCGUCUGGAGAGCGCCUACCCUCAGGUAACCCGCUACAUGGUGGUGGUUUCCACCAAUGGUAGACAGGACACAGAGGAGAGCAUCGUGCUCGGCAUGGACUUUGUCUCCUCUGAUAGCUGCUGCACGGUGGGUCUGGUUCUCCCUCUCUGGAGCGACACUAUGAUCCACUUGGAUGGAGAUGGUGGCUUUAGUGUGUCGACAGUCAACAGGGUUCACGUCUUCAAACCAGUGUCUGUCCAGGCCAUGUGGUCAGCCCUCCAGUCGCUCCACAAAGCUUGCGAGGUGGCUCGCUGCCACAACUACUACCCAGGCAGCCUGUUCCUGACCUGGGUCAGCUACUACCAGAGCAGAGUCUCAUCCAGCCAGUUGUGUAUCAACGAAUGGAACGCCAUGCAGGAUGUCGAAUCGCACCGUGCCAAUUCACCCGUCCUCUUCACAGACCUGCCCACAGAAAGGGAGCGCACAGAACGGCUGAUCAAGACGCGCCUCAGAGAGAUAAUGAUGCAGAAGGACCUGGAGAACGUCACCUCAAAGGAGAUCCGAACAGAGCUGGAGAUCCAGAUGGUGUGCAACCUGAGGGAGUUUAAAGAGUUCAUAGACAAUGAGAUGAUUGUGAUCCUGGGACAGAUGGACAGCCCCACGGAAAUAUUUGAUCACGUCUUCCUGGGUUCAGAGUGGAACGCUUCUAACCUGGAGGAGCUGCAAAACAGUGGAGUGCGCUACAUCCUGAAUGUGACCCGGGAAAUCGACAACUUUUUUCCAGGGAUGUUUGAAUACCACAACAUCAGAGUGUACGACGAGGAGGCCACCAACCUGUUGGAGUACUGGAACGACACGUACAAGUUCAUCACCAAAGCCAAGAAAGCCGGUGCCAAGUGUCUGGUUCACUGUAAGAUGGGCGUGAGCCGCUCUGCUUCCACAGUGAUAGCCUACGCUAUGAAGGAGUAUGGCUGGAACCUGGACACCGCCUUUGACUAUGUGAAGGAAAGACGGGCCGUCACCAAGCCGAACCCUUCCUUCAUGAAGCAGCUGGAGGAGUAUCAGGGAAUUCUGCUGGCAAGCAAACAGAGGCAUAAUAAGCUAUGGCGUUCCCACAGUGACAGCGACCUAUCAGAUCGCCUGGACUCGAAGCCUUCAUCUCCCUCCUUGAACCGCGCUGACUCUCACAAUAACAACACCUCCUCCCCGUCUGUGCAUCACUUCCUGGGUGUGGCCGUGCUGCAGGCGCUCUGCCCCGAGCCCGAAGAUUCGCACGCGCUCUCCAACGGAAUGUGUGACUCGCUGGUUCAGGAGGUCAGAUCAGAUUGCGCAGACCCCCGCCUGCUUCCCCUCCCCAGACCCCGAGCAGCCACCGUGGUCCCAGAGGAAACGCAGGGCAGCUCGGCGAGCGUGGCCAUCACUGUGCCCGUCGCUCUUCCACUUCCACCACCAUCGCUCCACAUCCUACCUCCCACCCCUGAACUGCAGCGCGCUCACAGGGACACUCCCACACAUCUGUCCUGCUCAGUGGGCAAACCAGAGGAGCUGUUCCUCAUCUUACCCGACAGAAGCAGUUCAGAGGAAGUCUCUCCUCUCACUCUGGGAUCCACUGACUCGGACAUGAUCAACCAAUCAUUGUCUGAUUUAACGAACAACAGCCACACUCCGCUCAGCCCUGCGACUCCCACUUCCUCGCCUCCGGUCUUGGCUUUCGCUCCCAGCGACGACAACAACAACAACCCGAGCGAGUUGGAUACCCGCGGUGAGGCAGACGGGUCAUCAACCCACAGCACGGACAGCAUCGACUUCUUCAGCGCCCGGGAGAAGUUUCUGGGGCUGGCCAAAGAUGGCCGACAUCGGACGCUUUCAGAGCAGGCACAGCAAAGGUCGUCUCUGUCAACUGACAGAGAAACAGAGGUCAGCGAAGACGAGGAGGAGCAGAGGAAUGAGAUGAGUCAGGAGUCUGAUGACAGCUCUGACAAAACCAGUCCUGACCGGAUUCAUCACACUCACCACGACAACGGAAUAUCAGUCCGCCAUAUUGUCACUGAGAUCGAAGCCAUAUCACACCCCGCCGCAUCUCUUCAGACUCCUUCCUCCUCCUCAUCUUCUCCACUCCCUCCAUCCUCUCACAGUCCUCAGGUCAUCCGACCGGAACAUCAGGAAGAGGGGGAGUCUUCUGAAGUCACGCACACCUCUUCGACUCCACCUUCACACCCCCAGCCUCCCACCACGCUGUUGUGCGACUGGCCGGCGGGCUCCGUGCGGCGGGCCACCAAGCAGCUGGAGCAGAAGCUGAAGCAGGAACUGGAGAUGGUGGCAUGUCAGCGGUCUCCGCUGCAUUCGCCCAGCAGCGAACAACCUCCUGUCAGACUGUCCGUAUCCUCCGAACACGUGCUGCUCCACUCCCCCAUGCACGCUGCAGAACAAAGGAUCACUCAGGGAGAGAACAUGGCUGUUUCUGCUAAUGCUACGUCCAAAGAUGAAGAGAAGCACACGGGGUCACACAAAAGACCCGAUUUCUCAGGCACAAGCGACCUCCAAGACCUUUCAUGUUCCCCAAAGUCAGAUAUCAGCCAAGUCUCUGGUGCUAUACCUGUCAGUGUGCACACAUCCACAGAUAGCCACACAGUGACAUCAUCACUGGCCUCUGCUGAGCAGUUAUCAGCAUCAUCUCAAGAUACCUCAGCCCAGUCUCUCAGACGGGGCCAGCUCCAUAGCCAAAACCUGCAGGACUGUUCGAACCUAAUGACUCUGGAUGGCGUGACGCUGCAGGAGUCGGACACGGAUGAAAGCUCUCGGGUCAGGCAAGAGGGCUGCGGCCCCGUCUGCGCUGCCCAGAAGAGGCUGGCCCGAGGCAGCCAGGAGCUGGAGAAGAUUCAGCAGACGCUGAGAGAGCUGCAGGCUUUUCUUCACGAGGGCAUCACCCUCGAGACGGCAGACAGUCGAGCACAAGAACUGGGGCAGCCUCAGGGUCCAAGAGACGCCAUGGACACAGACCCAGAAAGUUAUAAAGGGGUGAGUUUUGAAGAGAGCCCUCCAGCUCUGAAAGUGGGGCAGCAGCUCCUAGAGAGGCAGGAGCAGAGGAGUUUGUUGGAGCCAACAGAGUGGCACAGAGCCACAGAGCUAGAGGCGCGCAUCCGCCAGGCGGGGCUCACCCCCCCGUCUCUCAUGAAGAGAUCGGCCUCCUUGGCUAAACUGGACUGUCUGGAGCUGUCGGCUCAUGACCUCAGCAGCUUGGACCUGAGGACGCACAACAGAGCAACACUGUCGCACUCGCCUGACUCGCCCUCGUCGCCCCAGUCUCACCCGGACGACACAUGGAAGAAGCAGAAAGUGCUGGCUCAGAGGCCGUGCUCUGAAAGAACAGGUUCGUGCAGUGAUGACACAUCCCCUCCACCCCUCGGCCUCUCCCCCUCCACCAGAGGGGAAAGAGGAGAACGGGAGGAGUCAGAGAACAGCAGCAGUAGCAACAGCACGGUCCCUGCAUCCCGUCAGCCGGGGAGAGGACACUCGUCAAGACGUUCUCGCAAAGCUUCCGCUGAGAAGAAGCAGCAGCGAGCCGUCACUCUGCUAUACAACACCAUGUAACCUCAGAUCAGCAAGACUGGAACACAUGCGACUGAAGCUGCACUUAUGUGUGUGAAAGAGACCGCAUGAUGUGUAUGAAUGUCAGCUGUAACCCCCUGUGUGUGUUCUCCGGUGUUAUGUGUAUAGUAUGCAAGACAUGAAUGAUGAGCAUAUAUUUGCAUGGAAACCACUGGAUGUUUGUAUGAACUGGAGUUCAGGUUCGUCUGUACAGUGUCAUGAAUGUCCAAACUAAGACUGAACGGUGCUCAUGCACUCAUUUAUAUCAGUGUCCCCCUUUUUUUUUUUUUAAGUGUGACCCUCGCUGCCUGUUCAGAGUUUCUAAAACUCCAACCAGAGGGGCUUUUGUUUCUCAAACCAUGCACUUUACUGUUUAGAUGACUCUUUUUCUUUUUAAAAAAAAUUUGAGACGUGUUUCUUACCCCGGGGAGGAUUGUUGUUUUGCACUGUUCUCAGUAGACUUGUCUCUGUGGUUUUGUUUUCAAAGCUGGCAGACAUGUCUUUAUUCAGAUUUUUAAUUAAACCAGGACAAAGCUGA